GGGGCGGGGAUCAGACACGUAGUUUUCCGGAAAGCCCCGGCCAUAGUUUCGUUUCUCCGAGCACAUUCUUGUUUGUGAUCCUCGGGCAGCUGCGGACGGGGGGAUGGCGGCGCUGGAGUCGGAACCGGGCCUGUCGGGGCUGGAGGAGGAGCUCACCUGCUCCAUCUGCCUCUGCCUCUUCAGCAGCCCCGUGACGGUGCCGUGCGGGCACAACUUCUGCUCGUCCUGCCUGGAGCUCACCUGGGCCGGCCUCUCGGGGGGCUUCAGCUGCCCGCAGUGCCGGGCCACCUUCGCGGGCCGCCCGCAGCUGCAGAAGAACACGGUGCUGUGCCGGGUGGUGGAGCAGCUCCAGGGCCGCGCCGGGGCCAAGGGCGAGGAACAGGAGGAGGGAAAUGAGAACGGGGAUGGGGAGGUGGGGGGCUGCUGCGCGGAGGAGCCCCCCGUGCCCUGCGACAGCUGCCAGGAGGCGCCGGCCGUGCAGACCUGCCUGACCUGCACCGCGUCCUUCUGCGCCGAGCACCUGCGGCCGCAUCGCGACAGCCCCGCCUUCCGCGACCACCAGCUGUGCCCCCCCCUGCGCGACCUGCAGCUGCGAAAGUGCCCCCAGCACAACAGGCUCUUUGAGUUCUUCUGCGGCAAGCACGGCGUCUGCAUCUGCUCCCUCUGCCUGCUCGGGCACAAGCUGUGCCCCACCAACCCCUUGGAGCAGGCGAAAGCCGCUGCCCAGUCAGCGCUGAAGAAAAGACUCGUGGAGCUGCAUAACCAGGGUGAAAGGACUGCCCGGGCAAUGGGCACGGUGAAAACGAACCAGAACCAGUCUGCUGAGACAGCUUUAAGAAAGAAGGAAUUGAUCAGAAAUGAGUUUUCAGAAAUUAAAGCUGCAAUUGAAGCAAGAGAAAAUGAGAUCAUGAAAGCAAUUAUAGAAGAAGAAAAGAGAGUUUGGAAUAAGUUGGAUUAUAUUUACAGUGUUCUGGGAAAUAAGAAGAAUGAAAUUCAGUCUCUCAAAGAUCAGAUUGAGAUGGCACUGACUGAAAGUGAUGAUGUUCUGUUUUUGAAGAGAGCAACAGCACUGCAACAAACAGCAACAAAAGAGGCUUUUGUUCCUCUCGUUGAAAUGGACCAAAAUGUGUUGCAUUCCACUUACCAGUCUGCCAUUAUGCUCAAAGACGUGGUGAAACUUUCAGUGACUCAGAGUAGGGAUAAAAAAGAAGAAGUUGCAGCCAAACCUGUGAAAACGAAGGCCCCUGCAGCAGCUCAUCCGAACAAAGCCGCUGUCGGAAAAAAGCCUCACGGACCACACCAGACCCACAAAGAGAAGAACACUUCUCAGGCUCAAAACACUUCACAGGGGGAGACAGACACCAAAGAGAAAAAGAAAGCGGCUAAAGUUGCACCAAGCCCAGCACCAAGCCCAGCACCAACCCCCACAACUGCUGCUGCUAAGGAGCUCAUUGACAGCUUCCUCAAGAAACCCCGGGAGGAGCUCUUGCAGUAUGCUGCCAACAUCACGCUGGAUUACAACACAGCGCACAACACCGUGGUUCUGUCUGAGAACUACACCAGGAUGUCCAUCUCAGACACCUUCUCUGCCCACAAGUACCACCCCCAGCGCUUCACCGACUACCGCCAGGUGCUGGGCUUCCAGUGCUUCAAGAGGGGCGUGCACUACUGGGAGGUGCAGCUGCAGCCCAGCAGCUUCUGCGGCGUGGGCGUCUGCUACGGCAGCAUGGAGCGGCACGGCCCCGAGAGCCGCCUGGGCAGGAACAGCAAGUCCUGGUGCGUCGAGUGGCUCAACUCCAAAAUCUCCUCCUGGCACAACGACGUGGAGAAGUGCCUGCCCAACACCAAGGCCACCAGGAUCGGGGUGCUGCUGCACUGCGAGGGGGGCUUUGUGAUUUUCAGCGCGGUGGGGGAGAAGAAUAACCUGAUCUACAAGUUCAAGGCUCAGUUCACUGAAGCCUUGUACCCGGCCUUCUGGCUGUUCUCCAGUGAUGGUGUUCUCUCCCUCUGUCACAUGAAAGAGUAAGGUCUGCUGGCUCGGUCUAGUUCAUUUACAGCACAGAUGAUCUGUCUCAAUCUGAUCUCUCUGAUUGUUUGAUACAAAUAUUAUCAUCUCUUUUAAGCAGUUUAGGAAAUCUGUCAGUUCUUUGGUCUGGAUCGCUGAAGCCUUUAGAUAGUGAUUUAGCAAAAUGUUGGUGAUAGUAAAAACUGCAAUGGUUUGCAAAGGUCUCGAUUGCCCUAAAAUCAAAGUUAUGAUGCAAAUCCUUCUUAAAUGUCUUCAGUGGCCCCUGUGGCUUCUGUGGUUUCCUGUAAAGGAGCAACAGAAUUAAUCUGUUCCAUGGGUAACAAUAACCCCUUUGAGAAAGAAACAGGAAGAAUUCCUUGGCAAAUUCAGGCUUUGAGGGAGGUGUCACUGUUGCCUUUUUGCCUGUGCACAGACUGUUGUCCAUACAGGUGUUCUCAGUGUGUGACUCCAGCAGAUGCUACAGAAAGAGCUGUUGAAAUCCCCAAGUUCAGCUCUUAUGGCUCUGAGGUAAAAAGCCAAUAUGACAGAUCUCAUCAGAAUGGAACUGCAGAGACUUCUGGAGCUGAUGGGAAAGAAAUGGUAUUAGAACCACCAGGAAACAAAUGACAUCAGCCCAGACCCUGGGAAUAUGCCAGAGUUGUCAGGAAGACAUCCUGCAGAGCAGUGGUGUGCAGCCUGUUGUGAAGAUUGUGGGAUGAAGCAUUCUGUGUCAUUUCUGACCCAGAACAUGCUUCACAUCUUCACACUGAAGGCUCUUCAGUGCUGGGUUUUUUUGUGUGUGCUGAGGAGUUCAGGGGGUGCAUUUCUGCUCUCAGGGUCUCCUGUCAUAAAGCUUUUCCUCCUUAUGAGGUGGGAUAUUCUCUGCUGGUGUAUCUCUAGCUUAAAGCAGGGUCUCCUGUCACGAAGCUUUCCUUCUUUAGGAGGUGAGUUAUUCUCUGCUGGUGUAUCUUUUGUUGUUCAGGUGGUAGAAACUGGAUUUCUUGCAUGUUUUUGGGGCUCCAAUUUGAGGAGUCUCAAGGCAGUGCAAAUACCUGAAAAUGCUGGUUCCUCUCUGCAUGAAGCCUGUGGGCAGACAAGGUGAGUCUUUGGACAUCCAGAGGAUUAGCACAAAGGAGAAUAUCCAUCCAUUCCUCCUGGGGUGGAUUUUUAGUUCUCCUGGUGUUCUCUGGGUUGUGGUAUGUCUUCAGAAGUUCUCACCAGGUACAGAGAAAUCUGUACUUCUUUCUUAUAACUUUAAAACAAUCUGUAGGCAAUCAAGGUAUUUGGAUCUCAUAGUUACUGGGCCCGUAUCUUGUUGCUGCCUCUGGACUUGGUGUCCAGCUCUUAUUUCUUGUAGCCCGUGGGAAGCUCACACAAGAGCCUUCCUGGAGUUUGAUUUUUAAAACUCCCUUUACAGGAAUUGUUGACACAGAACACAAAACCACAGCUGGCAGUUUGGCAAGGAAUUGUUAGAAGGCUUAAAAGAACCUCUGUGACUACAUUGCACAUUAGCUAAAGUGCUUUGGAGAGAGGCUGUCAGGAAUUCAGGCUUGGUGUCUCUAUUUUUACUUGGUUCGUAAACUCUCAGUUCUUUGUCAAGGAUAGCACAAGUCUCAUUUCUUCCAAUUUUUUGGUCAGAAUAGGAUAUGGAGUUGAUGGUGGAUCUAAAAGUGCCGUGGCUGUCUUUGGAGCAGUUCUGCUCUCUCAGGGGUCUCCAUUCCCAGGCACAGUCAGCACUGAAGCUCCCAGCCUGAGCAGAACGCUGCAGGAGCUGCAGAAGGAGCUGUGUCCUGCUGGGAGCCACCAGGGCAUGGCACACUGGGGCUUCUGCCCUUUCAGUUUUUCAGCAGUGAAAGAUGAGAGCAGUUCUCUCUGAGAGAUUCUUUUGCUGCUGGGCUGUGCCACGGGGCUGCAGAUGCACUCACAGGGUGCUGCAGGAGAACUCUUGGCUGUGGGCGAGAACGUGCUCCAGCAGGGCAGGCAGUGGAGAAAUCCCCAUCCUCUGUUCCUUGCUCCUUGACUUUAGAGGUGUCAGUGCUGCCCUCUGAGUCCAUGGGCUGCUGUGGCCAUAGUCAGAGGGACACCCAAACAAAGUGAAGAGCAGCUUUUAUUCUGCCUUGUGGAUUAAAUGGGAUUCUUGACGUGGGACUGGUGUAGGACCAAGCACGUGGAACACAGGAGGUGUCCUGCAGUGAAACCAGCCUGAUCAGGGGCCCCUGAUCCUUUAUUUGUGCUAUGAAUGAUCAGAAGUCAUAGAGUGAAGUUCUGUUGAUUUGGAACUCACAGAAUCUUCUGAGUUGGAAGGGAUUCACAAGGGUCAGCGAGUCCAGCUGUUGAGUGAAUGACUCACAGGGGGAUGGAAAUGGUGACCUUGGCAUUCCUAGGAGUAAUCUCUGGGCUUCUGAGAAAUGUUGUUCUGGUUAGCUUCAGAUAUCUUGCAUAUGCAUAUAUAUCUUGCAUACAUUGGAACACAGUGAGAUAUAACAAUUAUAAAUAAUAAUAAAUAUUAAUGUGUUUAGGAAGAAUUACUACAUGAUAGAAUUACUGCAUGAUAAAUGAUCUUUUAAAAAUCUUUUCGACACAAUUGAGGUGAUUUUACUCGGGCACUACCUGUCAGAGCUGCACUGGUUUUAAACAAGACAUGUAUAGGAGCAUAUAUUUUAAUUGUAAUUAUCCUUUUAGUAUUACAAAGAAAGCAACUUAAUCUAGGAAAAGAACUAAUUCUGGUGGUAAUGCUGUGAGGAUGUGAAUUGAUUUGUAUUUUAAUGUAGAAGUGAGAGUAAAUCAAAAAGCAGUUGCUGAAUGAAAAUAAACGAAUGUUUAAUCUUCAAUUAAAGACGUCAGUAAAACAGUGUACUUAGAAAAAGAAAUGCUGAUGUAGCUACAAACCUGUUGAUUAUACUGAUAUUUCAGCGUGGAUUUUGGUCCCUGUGCCUGUGGCCACCCCUGGAGCUGGCUGGGAGUGGUGAUGGUUUGAAUUCAAUAAAUACUCACAGUAACCCUGA